UCUUCUGCAGGGAUUCAGGAAAAAGGCAGAGAGCGACAAGCUCCUCAGUGUGUUCAGAAAAGGUGGGAUCUUUUGAGAUUCGAGAUCUUUUGCAGUGCCAAUCAGGACAGAAGGAGGAGGACGACAAGUUUUUUUAUAUCACACAAAGGCGGCUGGAAGUAAAGGUAAGGUUUGGUUGUUGGGGCUAUAAUCUGUCACCAUUAAUGACAUCACAUCCAUGCAUUUUCAUCGCGCAUAUGAUCUCAUGCCAUGCGAUGAUCAGCAAAUUCGUUUCCCUGCUUGGCUCGACGUCCCAGGAAAAAUUCUAUAUCCUGAUCCUGCUGGGGGCUGUGGAUUUAAGUGUAAUUUCGAUAUAUAUCUUUCUUGAAGUUGAAAGAUGAAGUUCAUGAAGUUAGGAUCAAAGCCCGAUACCUUCCAAGCUGAAGGCAGCUGUGUGAGAUAUGUGUCUUCCGAUUUGCCUACUGAUUUUAUCGUAAUUGUAGGAGACGUGAAAUUCUAUCUCCACAAGUUUCCCCUCUUGUCCAAGAGCAACAGGAUGCAAACCCUAAUUGUGCCAGAAGUCGACAAUGGAACACCUGCAAACGAAAUUCUGUUACCCGAUUUCCCCGGCGGUCCUAAAGCAUUUGAAAUCUGCGCCAAAUUCUGUUACGGUGUAACGGUAACUCUCAAUCCCUACAAUGUCGUGUCUGUGCGCUGCGCCGCAGAGUAUCUUGAGAUGACAGAGGAAGUCGACAGAGGAAACCUGAUUCUAAAAAUCGACAUCUUUCUCAACUCCAGCAUUCUUCGAAGCUGGAAAGAUUCCAUCAUUGUUCUGCAGACUGCCAAGCCCUUUCUUACAUGGUCUGAGAAUCUGAAGAUCGUCGAAACGUGCAUAGAUUCCAUUGCAUCCAAAACACUAGUCCAUCCAUCCGCCGUCACUUGGUCCUAUACCUGCAACAGGAAAUCGAACCAUGUAGUUCAGACAGGAACAGUGCUUCCUGUAAAAACAGAUUCUGUCCCAAAGGAUUGGUGGAUCGAAGAUAUCUGUGAAUUGGAGGUUGAUCUGUACAAGAGAGUUAUGGUAGCCUUAAAAUCGAAAGGUUUAAUGGAUGGAGGUGUGAUCGGGGAGGCAUUAAAGGCUUACGCCGCAAGAUGGUUGCCGCCGAAGACAAUUCUCGAAUCAAUGGUGUCUGAAGAUUCCAUCUUUAGAACCAAAUACUUGCUUGAAACUAUAGUGUUCUUGCUGCCUUCAGACAAGGGCGUCGAAUGUUCUUGCAGCUUCUUGCUAAAGUUACUCAGAGUCGCCGUCCUAGUCGAAGCCGAUGAUUCGUUGAAGGAUGGUGUAAUAAAAAUGGUCGCUUUGAAAUUGGACGAGGCUUCCUCGAGCGAUCUUUUGAUCCCUGCGAGGCAUCCUCGGACUACAGUUUAUGACGUCGAUCUUGUCCAGCGGAUUUUGGAUGAAAACAGGGGUAGUCGAAUUGAUUCCAAGUGUGCAAACUUGCAGAAGAUUGCGAAAGUUGUGGAUGGCUAUCUUGCAGCCAUUAGUCAUGAUCCUAAUCUCUCGGUGUCGAGCUUUAUAAAAUUGGCGCGAGGGAUUCCUGAUUCGGCGAGACCUGUUCACGACAGGCUGUAUGCUGCCAUUGAUGUUUAUUUGAAGGAGCAUCCAAGUUUAGCAAAAUCCGAGAGGAAGCGAUUGUGCGGACUUAUGGAUGUCAAGAAAUUCACGACUGACAUGACGAUGCACGUGGCGCAGAACGAAUUGUUGCCUCUACGCACUGUCGUUCAAGUCCUGUUUUUCGAGCAGGUGAGGUCGACGACAGCAGCAGCAGGAAGAGAAGCAGCCAUGGCAAGUGGUCAUCAUAACAAUGAAGAAAAGUUGAAGCUGCCAUUGCCAUUGAUGGAAAAAUCCAAGUCUCUUAGGGGACAAGUGAUGAUAAAUGAGAAGGAAGAGGGUAGCAAAGGUGGGCAGCUGUUGCCGUUGCCAUUGCCAUUGCGGUCGAGGAGGAUAUUUGACAGGCUGUGGAUUACAGGAAAGGGGCUCGAAAAUGGCGGGACGAGGAGCUCGGAAAUGGGAAUGGAGAUGGAGAUCCAAGUGUCGAGGAGCCCAAGUUGUGUAAUGAAGUCCUCAGCAUCAGGGUCGUCGUCUUCAAGAAUUAGGAGACAUUCAGUUUCUUGAUCACAGAGGAAAUCAUCAAUUCAGAAUGUGAAUUAGUUGGUCAGUGUAUUAUUUGUAUUGAAAUACUACAUGCAUUAGUUAUUUACUAGUAAUAAAUAAAUAAUUACUAGUAUUUGCAGUGGAAAAUGGAGAAUGACCAGACUCGAAAAUCUUCUUCUUCUUCUUCAAGUUUUGUUUUGAAUGGAUGUAAAAAGUAAAUAAGACAGAUGAGAUCAUUUAAUAGGGUUAAAGACUUGGACUUUGAAUGUAAACUUG